AUGGCUUCUGCCAGGAGGAACCUUGAGGUCCCCUCAAUACCGACAAGACGUGCAACUCCACGUACCAAACAGCGUCCCCCAACAGCACCCUUUUACCUUCCUCUGAACACAACGCUUUACGUGUGCCUCGUUUCCAAUGCCAUUGCGGCUUUUCUCGCCCCGAUUCAGGACUGUGAUGAAGUUUUCAAUUUUUGGGAGCCUACGCAUUAUCUCGACCAUGGAUAUGGGCUACAGACGUGGGAGUAUUCGCCGGUCUAUUCAGUUCGUAGUUGGCUCUACAUCACCAUCCAUGCUAUCGCUGGGAAGAUAAGCUCGUUUGCUCUUGGUUCCAAAUUCUCUCAAUUCUAUGCCAUCCGUUGCUUCCUAGCCGUGUGCUGCGCUGCUUGUCAGACACGGCUAUACUCAGCCAUCUGUCGAACCCUGAGUCCCAGGAUCGGCCUUCUCUUCCUCAUGAUCGUUGCGUUCAGCCCGGGCAUGUUCCACGCAUCCGCCUCAUUUCUUCCGUCCAGUUUUGCCAUGUACAUGUCCAUGCUAGGUCUUACGGCAUUUUUGGACUGGAGAGCGGGUCAGAAGACGGCACAGGGAAUCAUGUGGUUUGGACUGGGUGCGAUUGUCGGCUGGCCGUUUGUCGGAGCAUUAAUCCUUCCUCUUCUCCUGGAAGACGUCGUCAUCGGCUUUAUUUCCGGAUCUUUGUGGACCGUAUUUUUCAGCAUUCUCAACGGGGUUCUGAGAUGUCUAGUAAUUUUGGCUGUGGAAAUCGGCACCGACUAUGCUUUUCUCCGGAAACUUACCAUCGUACCAUGGAAUAUCGUUGCCUAUAACAUCUUCGGGGGAGAGGGCAAGGGACCAGACAUCUUCGGAACCGAACCGUGGACAUUCUAUAUCAAGAACUUAUUGCUGAACUUCAACAUCUGGUUCGUAUUCGCCAUGAGUGCGGCACCGCUUCUGAUUCUUCAGGCUGCAUUUCGACAGCAUACGACCUCCAAGGAGACCCUUUUUCGCACCGUCACUCUCAUCACGCCCUUUUACCUGUGGUUUACAAUCUUCACACUGCAACCGCACAAGGAGGAAAGGUUCAUGUAUCCCGCCUAUCCUUUUCUGGCCCUCAACGCGUCUAUUUCAUUCCACAUGGUUCUCUCCUACAUAGGGUCCGGCAACCCCGAGGAGAUUAUUGGGCGGGUGCCAGCAAAGCUCAAACUGGCUGCUGUCAUGGCUGUAGUUCUUGCCUCCAUCAAUGCCGGGUUGCUACGAACCAUUGGCAUUAUCACCGCCUACAAUGCUCCUUUGAACGUGUUUGCGCCAUUGGAGGAACCAGGGAUUGGUCAAGCGGGCGAUUCGGUGUGCCUCGGCAAGGAGUGGUACCGAUUCCCAUCGUCAUUCUUCCUGCCGAACGGCAUGCGGCCCAAGUUCAUACGGAGCGAGUUCCGCGGUUUGCUCCCCGGACAGUUUCCUGACAGCACGAACCUGCCUUCGCUUCUAGAGGGAACAUCGCAGAUUCCCUCGGGCAUGAACGAUCUCAAUGAGGAAGAUCCUGGGAAAUAUGUGGACAUCUCUCAGUGUUCUUUCCUAGUGGACUCGUCCUUCCCUGGACGUGCGGCAACCGAGCUGGAACCCGAUUAUCUGCACGACGAAUCGCAGUGGAAACCCCUUUCCUGUCAUAGCUUCCUGGACACCUCGCAGACAGGCAUUCUGGGCCGGUUGGUCUGGGUUCCCGAUAUACCAAUCAUCCCAGAUCGGUUCCGCCGCAAAUGGGGACAGUUCUGUCUACUACAACGGCACGCCCGUAAAGAUUGA